AAUUGUUGCAAGGCAUGAGUCACCUAAUAAUCACAGUCAUUGCUCUACCUCACUAGUGUCACAUUACUUUACUGCUUACUGGGUUGAAAAAUGGUGGCUUCUUUGGCUUGCUUAAUCCAAUGUUUGGAAAGAACAAUUUCUCCAGAUAGAAAAAUAUUGGCAGAAGCCCAGUUAGUAUUGGAACAGUGUGCUCAAGAAAAUGUGGGGCAAUUUAUUUCUAACAUGUCUAUUGUGCUUGCUGAUUCGAAAAAUUCGCCUGUUGCUCGCCAAGCAGCUGGUCUCCAACUCAAAAAUUGUUUGACCGUCAGAAACGUGUCUCUCAAGGAAGAGUAUCAAAGACGAUGGCUAUCUCUCCCACUUAAAACUCGCAAAGCGAUACGUGAACGUUUGAUUUCAGCUUUGGGAACAGAAAACGUCUAUCCGAGCUGUGCGGCGCAGUGUUUAGCUUACACUGGAGCAGCUGAACUUUUGUCUUCAGAAACCCAAACAUCAUCCGAUACUACAUCUUUGGGCGAACUUCUUUCUGUUUUGGCUAGCCUUAUUAUUGGUCAAACAGCUAGUGAGCAUUGUAAAGAAGCAGCUCUAGAAGCAUUGGACUACGUUUGCCAGGAAGUGAAUCCGAACGUUCUCAGCAACUACUACACUUCUAUUUUGACUCCCGUAUUAAAUUGCAUGAUGGAUAAAAAAACAGCAGAAAGGAUUCGUCUAGCUGCCGCCCGUGCACUGCUCAGCUCCUUAGAAUGCAUCCAUCCACAGUUUGAGACAGAGGGAGGUCGAAACAUAAUUAUGCAAGUUACAUGUGAUGCAACGCAAUCGCAAAUUGCGAAAGAAUCUGUAAUUUCGUUCGAAAUUUUGGUAAAAAUCGCUUUAUUCUACUAUCAGCAUUUGUUGAAUUACAUGGAUCAAGCCGUCGUGCCUAUCACGCUGAAUGCCAUUGUGUCAACCGAUUCGAAUGUCUCAUUGCAAGGCAUAGAAUUUUGGUCGUCUGUAGCAGAAAUUGAGCUAAAUUUGGCCUCUGGGGUUUAUGAUCCUACAUUUGUGGUCCCAGAAUCACAUCAAUAUACAGAAAAGGCAUUGCCUAAGCUAGUUCCCAUACUGAUGGAGGCCCUUGUAGCUUGGCAAGAUUUGCCCAACGAUAUGGAUGAUCUGGAAGACUGGUCACCGUUCAAGGGAGCAUUUUCGUGCCUGACGUAUCUUGCGCAAUGCUGUACAAAUACCAUUGACCUCUACAUAAUGCCAGAAGUUAAUAACCGCAUUAAGCAUUCCGAUUGGCGACAACGUCAUGCAGCACUGUGGGCGGUUAAUGCCAUUAUAGAAGAAAUGGGUUCAGAAAGAGUUUAUGACAAACUUUUACCAUUGAUGGCACAGAUAUGGGAAUUGACAAAUGAUAGAAAUAGUGCCAAAGUUCGUUAUGGAUCUCAUGUAGUAAUGAGUCGAAUCUUUGAACUUUGCCCUGCUUUGAUUCCUAAAGCUCUCCGACCAUUAAUCAACGGUUUGCUCGAACAUUUGGAUGAUAACAAGGAACAAAUUGCUGCUGCAGCUUGUAGAAGUUUAGCCUCGCUAGUAAAAGUUGUUUAUAAACUAGCAUUAGAGCAAAAAAAAGGGGAAAACCCCAUAACGUUUUCCUUGUCUCGUUACUACAAGACAAUUACCGAAAAACUUCUGAGAUGUGGCGAAAUGUCCUGUGAACACCUGCAAUUUGCUGCCUACCAAGCGCUGGCAGACAUACUUCUUAGUUCUCCCAAUGAUUGCUAUAGCAUCGUCAAGAGUACUAUCCAAAUUUUAUUGCGAAAACUUCAAAACUUGGAGGAUAGGACAGGAGAACAAGAUUUCACGUGUGGAGCGUUAUCGCGAUCACUAGCUCGCUUGGAUCUGGACGAGAAUGUAGUCCAAUUACGCCAUGAAUUCAUGUCUAGCCUUUUAUCAGCGCUAGAAGCCGGAGUGGUCAAAGAAGAAAUCUUUUUAGCAACCUCUAGCGCAAUUUCGCUAUUGGGUCCAACACAAUUAAAAGCGCACUUGCCGUCAUUGAUAACUUACUUCAAAUUAGCAGUUGGGUUGCCCGACGUUCUUCCUCUAAUAAUAGGCUUAAUUGGCGAUCUUUUUCGCGUUCUUGGAACUGAAUCCUUACCAUACUUGGAUUAUUUUUGGACGACAAUAUUCGAUUUACUAAACCAAAAAGAUUUAGAUACGAAGUUGUGUUCGGAUUGCACAGCAACGUUGAUGGAUAUGGCCAAUUCUGUAGGCGGGUUACAUUUCCAGCCAUACAUAGCUCGUACAUUGAAACAGCUUCAGUAUAUUGCAAACACCACUGUAAAAAACCAUACCGACCAUGAAGAGAUCCAGGAGAAUAUGUUAAAACUUUACACCGUCCUUUUUAGCUACACCUGUGUUGACAGAGAGUUCGGGCAACCUGAAAAAAAUCUAGAACCGGAAUAUUCCUCCCGCUUUAAAUUAAUGCAAGAGUGCCUCAAGAGUGUUUCAAAGUUCAUGGGGGACAUCAUCAACGACGAAACUUCAGACAUGGUCAUAAUAGCAGGUGGCAUUCUUGUCGGCAUCGUCAUCGCUAGAUUGGGUGCCACCAAAACAUACAAAUACUUUGAGUCAAACUUGGACGCCAGGUGGUUACUAAACACUGCACUUCGCCGUGCGGACACCUUCGAAUUCAACAGUUAUGAAUGUCAGCAAAUCUGCAAGUCUGCACUAUCUGAGCUGGAAGGUUUUAAAAACGUAAAAUAAUUAUUUUCUAUUAAAAUUUUUUCAUAUGCGUUGCAUGCCAUAAAAAU